CCCCCGCUUCCUCCCGGACUUGGUCUCAUCCACCCCUCCUGCAGUGGCUCCACUUGGUCUGGUCCAGCCUCGCCCUUCCCAGGCCUUUCCCCCACCUCGCAAGAUGGCUACGAUGCUGCCGGGCCAGGAGCCGUGGAACCGCGUGAGGAUCCCCAAAGCGGGGAGCCGCAGCACGGUGACAGUGCAGCACCCCCGCGCGGACCUGGACCAUUGCAUCGGAGCUGUCAUCAGAGAAUGCCGUCUUGUCACACUGUCUCUAAGGAGUCAAAUCUUAGAUGCUGAAGCAGAUGUGUUAUGUGCAAUCCUUUAUAGCCAUCACAACAGAAUGGGCCGUCACAAACCCCAUCUAGCUCUCAAACAGGUUGAACAAUGUUUAAAACGUUUGAAAAACAUGAAUUUGGAGGGUUCUAUUCAAGAUUUGUCUGAGUCGUUUUCCUCUAAUGAAAAUCAGCCUGUCACUACCAAAACAUGCGUGCUCCCCAGCCAACCGGUGGUGGAGCUGGUGCUGCUGAAGGUUUUGGGAGCCUGCAAGUUAUUGCUCCGCUUGUUGGACCGCUGCUGCAAGACAUUUCUCUUGACUGUGAAGCAUUUAGGUUUGGAAGAGUUCAUUAUAUUAAACCUUGUGAUGGUUGGGCUGGUGAGCAGAUUAUGGGUUCUCUACAAAGGUGUUUUAAAAAGGUUGGUUUCCUUAUAUGAACCAUUGUUUGGAUUGCUUCAGCAGAUCUCCAGGAUUCAACCAAUGCCUUACUUCAAAGAUUUUACCUUUCCUUCUGAUAUUGCUGAAUUUCUAGGACAGCCAUAUUUUGACAUUUUUCAGAAAAAAAUACCUACAGCUUUUGCAGCUAAAGGAGUAACUAAAUUGCUGAAUAGACUGUUUUUAACAAAAGCGCAGUCACCAAGCUCUAGUGAAGAAACCUUACAUAAAAUUUCCAAAAAAGCAAAACAAAUGAAGAUUGAUACACAGCAUAAUGUGGAUCUUGGGCAGCCGGUGAAGAAUAACAGAGUCUCCAAAGAGCAGUCAUCAGAUUUUGAUGUGAGAAGUUUCUGCAAACAGCUGAAACACAAAGCUACCCAGAACAGCUUUGCAUUCCAGUGUUCUCAAUCCAAACUAAAGACAACCAAACGUUCUUCUCAGAGAGUGAGAGCAACUCCUUGUGUCAAAAGUUUUGUGCAGAGAUUCCGAGAAGCCGAGACUUUCGUACAACUUUCUGAAGAGAUUCAAAUAGCAAUUAUAUGGUGCAAGAGCAAAAAGCUCAGGGCUCAGGCCACCUUUCUGGGUAGCAAACUUCUUAAAAGUAACCGGCUCAAACAUGUGGAAGCCCAAGGCUACAGUUUGCCCAAGAAACUCGAAUGCAUAAAAACAUCUAUCUGCAACUGCCUUCUUCGUGGCUCGGGUAUCAAAACUUCAAAGCAUUAUCCGAGACAAAGGAGAUCACAGAAUACACUUUUACCAAGACAAAGGAAACCACAGAGGAAGGUGCAGUCAGAUCUUUUAAAGGAAAUUCAGCAGUUCAGUCAAGGGACUCAGAAGACUGCUGCAGAUGCCAGCGCCAAGCGGGGACUGGCACACCGUGCAGCUCGCAGCGCUGCACUCUCCCCUGAUCCUGACAGUGUGCGACCCUUGAGCAGCAGAGUUUUAAAUCCGGCCUUACAAGCCACAGGGAAACAGACUCAUGAAAACCUCACAGCAAGCAGUGAACAGGAAACGGAUUCAUGGAGAAAGAUGCAAAUAAACACACCUAAUGCACCAGGAACCACUAAGGAGACAGAUGACAUUGAUGAUAUUUUUGCUUUAAUGGGGGUUUAGAUGUUCAUACAUGAGACUUUUAAACAAUUAAAAAGCUCAUUUAAUAUCCUGCUAUUUUAGUAUAACUUGAAAUUUUUUAGUACUGCUUGGAGGCACUCAGGGAGAAGAUGCAUUUGUGCAAUAUGCACAGGAGUUCACUUUAGUUCAAUAAACAUGGUAGCUGUGUGUCACUUUA